AUGUCCCAAAGGACCGCUGCACCUUACGCCAAGCGAGCCAGUUUCUGUCAAAGCAGGGGGCGACGGUCCGGUGGCUUCGCGUUGACUGUUUCUCGGAAAGCGUGGAAGGCAAGUCCCCCCCCCCCCAUGUGUCAUUCAUCUUUUUUAAAAAAACAACAACACCUCUCUUCUCUUUUCUCCCUAGCCGCAAGGGGAAUGGCCAGCGAUUCGGGGAUCGAAAGCUGAAACCAGAUUUCUCCGUCGCUGAGGUGAGUUACCACAUUUAUAUUCCGGAGACCGGGAUUCGGAUUUUUCCAACGUAGUGUCUGAAUGUCUGGGUGUUCUUUCAGCAAGUUUUACUUCAGAUUUGCCAGUCCUAUUCGCGAGGUCAGAGGGAAAUAAAAUGAGCACCCAAACAUGCAUGAUCUGAUGAAGUGGAUUUAAGUCCAUAAAGGCUUGGAGAGCAUAAUAAAUAUGACAGGUCUUUACGAGCUUCAUCUUGAGUAGGGAGAAGUCCUUAUAACCUUUAGUCAAAUUUACUUCUAGUUACGCGUGCAGAGAAUUCUAUCACAUCUCAUCCUUAUUUCAAAAGUAAGUCUCAGCGGAUACAGUGGGGCCGAUUCUGUAGUUACAGCCUCUGGUUUAGAUCCUGAUCAUCUUAAUUUGACAGCAGGUUGGGCUGCUUGUCCCAAGCAAACGCUUUUGUAGGAUCGGCGAGCUACACCUUGAUCCUGUGCACGUUUGUUCACCAGUAAAGGCUAGAAGGGCUCGCUCCCUCCCGUGGCCGCGACUUUAGCCAGAGCAUCAUUCCUUUCCAGACCACAAACAACCGCAGAUUCUGUACAAUCCUAAAUCGCCUCUCUCCUCCUCUUCCCCAUCUGAAAAUCUCUCCUCGGUAUGACCUCAUGGAUGGAGCUGGUGGUUGUUUGUAGAUUUAUUUUCUUCUCUCUUUUUUUGCCGCGUGCCGCGUGUCUUUCUUCUAACCGGGCUCAUAAAAUAGAUACCCGGGAGGGCCGCAUAGGUGCAGACAGUGCUGCUCGCGAGUUAACUGCCACGGGGUCUAUUGGAGCUUUUAUUCCACAGCAAGCGUGCCUAGGAUCGCAACCCCAUAGCCGCGAAAUAGAGAGCAAAUGCAGAGAGACCCAACUUUGGACGAGGACCACCCCACUUCCCCCGGGCUUGGAUGCCUCUCAGAAGUUAAUGAGACGUUAAAUUUGGAGACAAGCCUCCCUAGGAAGGUGAGUGUGCUUUUCUGGAAUCCCGAGGCUACAGCCACUGGCGCUAGCUAGAGCGGCUGAUCCAAGCAAGUCGCGCGCCGGCGGGAAAAUCCGCGGAGCGCAGCGAACCGUGGCUCUCAACAUUCCAGGCGACAAGAGCCUAGACGCGUUUGGAGGGAUGAUCUCAGGACGGGGCAAACCGGCGCGCUGGCCUAGGCGCAACUGACUGAGCCUGCUGCGGGCAGAGAGAAGCAGACGUGGGCUCCGGAUCGAAGUUAAGUUUCCAGGGCUGCCGGCCAAACUAGCUACCCCCUCUUCUCACCUCCCUAUCCCCAGGGUUUCUUUCCAUCAUAUAUAUAUAUAUAUAUAUAUAUAUAUAUAUAUAUAUAUAUGAUAUAUAUACCAUUUAUAUAUAUGAUAUAUAUACCAUUUAUAUAUAUGAUAUAUAUAUCAUAUAUAUAUAUAUAUAUAUAUAUAUAUAUAUAUAUAUAUAUAUAUAUAUAUAUCCCCCACCCGGCCACGUUCACCUUCAAUCAGGUUUGAGAAACAGAAUCUUCAUCCAAAAUUUAAAAAUGGCUCAGCUUGCUGUUGUAAUUAGCUCGGCAUCCUAUAGAAAACAUCUGGCCCAAAUGUGGGCUGUCAUUUGCCAGCCUCGCUUGGUCAAGCCCCCAAAAACCCAGAUUCCGCGAUCUUUCCCGACAUAUUGCAGGACGAGGGUGGGGGAGUUAAAAAUGCCCCAGUAACCUGGAUAGGGAAGAGGUUAUUGCAGGUGAUUCAGUGGAUCAUCACCAUCGUUUAUGCGACGUCCUUGCUUUCCAUUUAGGAAACUGAAAGAAAAUAUGCUGGAAGAUAGCUUGCUCUUUAUUACAAAAUGCGCAGUUUGCAUUCAUUCGGACUUUUAUUUAUCUGCUGUAUCUCUUUUCACUCCCAAGACUCGCUGCCGGUUCAUCAUCUUCCAUCGUUUCCAUAUUUCUUCCAUUAAAUCACCCUCUUGGUGGGUCUGCUCUUGUUUUUGAGGCUAUUAUUAGCCUCCUGCCAUGGCUCGAACGCGAAGCGAUGGGAGGACCGCCAAAGCUCUGAUUCACCCGCUCCUUCCCAGCAGUAUUGGCCAUGCAGCCCUCUCCACCCAUCGCGGAAGUCGUAUAGGCACUUCCGGAGGAGGGCCAAGGGGGGUGGUGGCAUUUAACACCACGAAAAGCAGGCUAAUAGGUCUUCUCCUUUGUGUCUGCAUGAGAAAUGUGUCUAUAUGAGACAGUUACCCUUAAACAAGGGGAUGCAAAAUCCUCACACACACAACUGAGCAAUGUUGGUGAUGUUGCCGUUGCCCUCCUCCACUGUAAGCCACAAACUUUUUGAGUGUGUCUUGGGAUCGGAUUGAGAUAACUCCAUACUUGGUUUGGAGGCUGAUUUGCAAUAACCCAAUAACCUUCCUGUUAUAUUGGCAUCCUAGUGUACCAUACUCGCAGUGUAUAGCCAAAACAUUGGCCUUGAAACUCAGCAAAAGAAUGGGGAUUGAUUUGUUUGUUUGUUUGUUAAGGCACUUUAACUAACUCACUCAGGGGGUUGGAUUAGAUGAUCCUCGGGUUACCUUCCAACUCUACGAUUCUAUCGCCUGGGUCUUCUUUUGCCCAUCGCCCAGCAGAGGAGAAACACGUGUUUGGGGCCUUCACCUGAAAGGUGCAAGCAAUUACAGCCCUGGAAGGAGCCUCCCAGUUUCCCUGGGAGGUCUCAGACUUCUUUAAUCUGUCGAGAAAGGACUAAUGACUGGUGCGGGACGGCGAGAUCGGAAAUGAGAUAGAAUCAAGGGGAAAUAAUUUGGACACCAGGAAGCCUGCAUUUAAGCUGCUUAGAGAAGAAUCGUGCUUUAAUUUUAGGACUCCGCCUUGGGCUGCUUUCUCUCCCCUCCCACCCACCGCGGGCAUUUCUGGGGGCACCGUUAACCCUGUAGGUGCCUAGCGUUGUAGUCUGGUUUCCUUGUGUUGGGAAAAGCUUUGGUGCUGCCACCAGAUGCAGAAAUGUGUGUCUUUUAUCUGUAGCAAUCCUUAUGCUCGCCACCUGCUAUGACUACCCUGCAGUCCGCUCUGCCCACUGACUCGGAUUCUGUGGUGAUUGCUUGUAAGUAUGUAUGCAAAGCAUCGAUCCCCAAAACACCUACGUGGACGUAAGUCAGUCCGUGGAUCGCCACUGCAAACAAUUCUGCUUUAUCUGACUCUCCCCAAGACUUGCUUCAAUCAUUUCAGAGACGGCCAACAAUUCCCAACAAGGUCUCCUUAAGUUCUUGAGUCGUUGAAGACAUAUUAGCAAGCGGUAAAGGUUUAAGGAGAUUUGAGGGGUGCUGCCGAAAGAGGUUAAAACAACUCGGUUCAUUUUUUCCUCGGGGUUUCUCCUCCUCUCUGUCCUCGGAUUGCCCUUUCUUAUCUGCAAAUGAUAAGGAACGUCUGCAAAAGGGUGCGAAGCCUGCUUUUAGCACCCGAUCAGUCCACGAUUUAUACAACAACAACAACGACAAAAUCUGGUUGCAAGGGGGGUCCCAGCAGGAGUGUGGGGAAAGUUGCAAAAUCUAAAGUAAGCGGAAGAUCUUUCAGCCAAAAGUUGCAACCUUAAGUCCUAGGGAAAUCAGUGACAAGAUUCAAGUAGUAUGAGAAGAUAUUGGAAUCUGCAAGACAUUUCUGACUGCGGCAAACCUUUCCUGAAUUCUUCCCAUUCAUUAGGAUGAUUGCUGUGGAUUUUGUGCAAGAAUUUGGAAAACAGCGUUCAAAGCAACAACCUAGAACAUUUAAAGCAUGUCCGGAUGGCAUUGCUGUAGUGUGCUUUUGCCUUCUCAUCCUUUACCGGUUUACUCUGAUGUAG